AUGUCCGAAACGGAAUUAACAGUACUUGGUUCAAUUGAUUCUCAUAGGCUCGGUAUUCUGUCUGUCCUUCGUUUGUGCGGACGCAGGCAGAAGAUCAUUGAUCGGGCUUCGUUUUAUCCUCAGAACAGAUUCGCUCGAAACAAAUUGUGCCAAUCCAUUCAUGUUCCUGAAACCUCAGAUGAGGGUCGUUUCUGGGACUUAUUUUACGCCUUCCGAUCUAUUAGUGAGCUCAAAAGUAAGGGAAUCCAGGCUAGGCGUGGCAGUACCGAUAACCAAAGGGAUAUUAAGUUCAGAUCUUCCUUCUUCUUCUUCGCAGUGCUCGAAAUUCCUCCUCUUAUGUUGAAUCCCUGUUUCAUUAUACAUAAUUCAAACCAGAUUGCGUACGAGUUGACACCAAACAAUCCUACCAACCAACCCACAAUGGCUUACAUAAAUUUCCUGAAAUCUCUUAUUAAUAGCGCCGAAGAUGUGAAAGAGUUGCGUGCAAAUAAUAUACUACUCAGCCCCUGCACAAGUGAUGAAGAAGUGGUCGACAUGAUCAACAGCAUCCCCACAAUCUUUGAAGAGGACUUCACAAUAUAUGCGAAGGUGAAGCAGAGCAUUCAAAAUCACUAUGACAAUAAGGCGAAGACUUGGAUUGCCGAAUUGAUUCAUAACUAUUUCAACAGUCCGUGGGCAUUCAUCGCUUUCUUUGCCGCGUCUGCUCUUAUUAUCAUGAGUUUUAUUCAGACCUACUUCACAAUCAACCCUCGCAAGUGA